CAUUACAUGGCACACAUAAACGUCAAGUAAUGUAAUUGCCUCAAAAUAAGAGAAAAACUAAAGGUGACAAACCCAAUACUUUCAUCAACCUCUCUCUUCCACAGUAAAAUCUCUUUCUUUUCCUUUCAACUUUCCUCUCUCUCUCUCUCUCUCUCUCUGGUUCGGUGGUGCCAUGUGCUCUCGCACCAAAUGCAGAGCCUUCACCAUCUUUGCUUCACUCUUCUUCUCCCUCCUCUUCACCUCUUCCGCCGCUUGCUUUAACGGGAAUUGCCAGGUUCUGGAAGCAUGUUCAGCUGCCACCGAUUGUGGGCCAGGCCUCUAUUGCGGCAAUUGCCCUGCUUUGGGCCGGACUCGGCCCGUUUGCACCAGAGGCCAAGCCACCACCGUUACAUCUCUCGUGAAUGGUUUGCCCUUCAACAAGUACUCGUGGAUCAUGACCCAUAAUUCAUUCAGCAUCGUGGAUGCGCCACCUUUAGCCGGCGUUCAGAGACUCACCUUUUACAAUCAAGAAGACACUGUUACUAACCAGUUGAGGAAUGGAGUGAGAGGAUUGAUGUUGGAUAUGUACGACUUUGAGAAUGAUAUCUGGCUCUGUCAUUCGUUUCGAGGGCAAUGCUUCAACUUCACUGCCUUUCAACCUGCAAUAAAUACAUUGAGAGAAGUGGAGGCAUUCUUGACUCAAAAUCCAACGGAGAUUGUCACCAUUGUAAUUGAGGACUAUGUGCGUACUCCAAAGGGGUUGAGUAAUCUAUUCAUAAAUGCUGGACUGGAUAAAUAUUGGUUCCCACCGUCUGAUAUGCCCAAAAAGGGUGAAGAUUGGCCCACUGUGACAGAGAUGGUUCAAGCUAAUCACCGGCUUCUUGUUUUCACUUCGGAUGCUUCGAAGGAAGCUGAAGAAGGAAUAGCUUAUCAGUGGACUUACAUGGUUGAAAAUGAGUCUGGAGAUUCUGGAGUUCAAGGGGGUUCUUGCCCGCAUAGAAAAGAAUCAAAGCCGCUAAAUUCUAGAAGUGCAUCACUUUUCUUGCAGAAUUACUUUCCAACAUAUCCAGUUGAAGCUGACUCGUGCAAAGACCAUUCAGCUCCUCUUGCUGAUAUGGUGAACACAUGUUACAAAGCUUCAGGAAAUGUGCUGCCUAACUUUAUAGCAGUUAACUUUUACAUGAGGAGUGAUGGUGGUGGUGUUUUUGAUAUCGUUGAUAAAAUGAAUGGCCACUCAUUGUGUGGCUGUACUACAAUCUCUGCUUGCCAGGAGGGAGCACCUUUUGGAUCUUGCAAGAACAUUGCAGUACCCAAUACAAGUCCAGUGACCAACACAGCUGGGAGCUUUACAGGAUCUGUUCAGUUCUCUAGAUCAGCUUCACCAGUCCAUUCCCCAAAUUGCUGGCUUUUCCUCUUGUUUUACUUCCUGUUUAUUGCUGUUUUAUUGCAAUUGUGACAAGUAUUAUACCAUAUGCUAGCUAAGUCUUUCAAGAGAAGCUCCUAGUGUUAUCAUAUUUGUUUAUCAUAAUUCAGUAUGUCUUUUAGAGAGGGGCUUGUAGUAUUUUAGUACGUACACUGAAGUACUGCCUCAAACUGUGAAAUGCCAUGGAAUUGCUUAUAGGUUAGAAAUUAGAUAAACAAAAUUUUGGAAUUGCUGAGGCUAUAAUCAAGGAUCUCUGAGGUCGUCUGAGGUAGAUGGUAACCAAGAAAGACUAAGAAUGCAUCCGGAGCAGUUCAGGAUUUGUACGAAGGUAACAUUAGGCAAUGACUGAAUAGGAAAUUUGCAAUAUAGGAUCAGGAUGGCUGGAAGCUCUUGGUCAUUUUACGAUUGUAUUCUGAUGAUUCUUAUCACCUGUCUUUCCUUCUAUGUAUUGAUGUUGAAACAAUAUAGUGGUUCUAUUCUACAUUUUAACCAUAAAACAAAUAGUUAAUACAUAAUAUGGAGCAUGACCUUUUAAUUUAACAGAGGAACUUGCAUGAAAUUUGCACAA